AUGGAGGAAAGCGUGGGCUGGAAUCCGACGCUAUAUAUAAGAAUUAAUAUUCACUCCGAACGUGACGUAAAACGGAAACGGAAAACGCUCCGGGGAAAAACAUACCGACGGCAGCGCAAUCAAACGGUUAAAAAUAAAAACAAAAUCACGUGUCAUAAAUUUUAUCGUGGUUUAAGAUUAAAUGAAAAUCGUUCGAUGGAUUGUACCCUUAAUUGUUGA